ACGCUGAGUGUCUCUGUAACCGGGUCACUGCCCUUGGGCAGGGUAGGGCAUAACCCAAUUACAGGAAUGUAGCUCAGUCCCGCCCACGCUACAGCUGGGUUGUAACCGCCCUCGGCCCCCCACCCCCCGCUCAGUCUCCUUUGUAGAGCAGAUAGGAUGUAUUUUUAACCUUGUAUUUGCAUAUACAUUUGUUUAAAUAUCACUUAGUAAUUCACAUAGGUUUCAGUUAGAUGACUAGUUAAUCUUGAAUGGUUAUAAAUGCUUUAGAUUCUUUUCCUCAAGAAGGAAAGGGUUAUUCUAAAGGUCUGUUCCCCCACUUUUCAGUUUCAGGUCACUUUCUUUAAUGUGCUACUGGUCGUACACUGUGGCUGGGAAUGAUAAAGGCUGAUGAUGUCAAAAAAUUCUUCUAGAAGAAAGAUAGUGCCAACUAAAGUAACCGAUUGGGUGGCACCUUCAUUUGAGGAUUUCUUUGGGAAUACAAAUAUCUUAUCUAGUACCCUUCUUGUGAAGUCAUCUGGGGAGACUAAUCAGCAUCAGAAGAGAAAAGAUCAUUCCUCUGUGCCAGAAAGUAGCAAGAACAAGGUUCUGGCCAGAAUCAAAGGAAAGUCAUCUUCAAUAGAUCACAUUUGUGAACACUCUAAACAAAAUCAAAGCCAGUCUCAAAAUGAACCAUGGGUGGAUAAAUACAAACCAGGAACACAGAAUGAGCUUGCUGUACAUAAGAAGAAGAUUGAAGAAGUUGAAAGCUGGUUAAAAGCUCAAAUAUUUCAAAGGCAGCCAAAGCAGGGUGGCUCUGUUUUAGUGUUAACUGGACCCCCCGGUUGUGGAAAGUCUGCAACUAUACAAAUAUUAGCUAAGGAACUUCAUGUUCAGGUGCAAGAAUGGACCAAUCCAAUAUCUCUAGACUUUAGGAAAGAAGAUUUCAAGGAUGCUAUUAACUAUGAAUCAAGUUUUCAGAUGCUUCCCAGUCAGGCCCAGACAGCUCUCUUUCAAGACUUUCUGUUAAGAGCAAAUAAGUAUAACAAACUUCAGAUGCUAGGGGAAUCCACAGAGGCUGAUAAACUUAUUCUCAUUGAAGAUAUGCCUAACCAGUUUUAUCGUGACCGUGACAGUUUACACGAAAUUCUGAGGAGGUUUGUGCGGACAAGUAGAUGUCCCCUUGUAUUUAUAAUCUCAGACAGUCUCAGUGGAGACAGCAACCAAAAGUUAUUAUUUCCAAAGGAAAUUCAGGAAGAACUGUGUAUAUCUAGUAUUAGUUUUAACCCUGUGGCUCCAACAAUGAUGAUGAAAGUUCUUAAUCGAAUAGCUACAGCAGAAGCAAGUAUGGAUGGAGAAAAAAUUGCUGUCCCUGAUAAAACCUCUUUAGAGUUGAUUUGUAAAGGCUGUUCAGGUGAUAUUAGAAGUGCAAUAAACAGUCUUCAGUUUUCGUCUUUGAAAGAGUACUCAUCAGAGAACAACUUGUGGUCAAGGAAAAAAGGGAAGUCUACAUUAAAAAGUAAUACAGAAGUAUCCAGAACCAAGAAGAAAAAGAGAGCUGAUAAGACCUUAGAAAACCAGGAGAUACAAGCUAUUGGUGGCAAAGAUGCCUCCAUCUUUCUUUUCCAUGCUUUGGGGAAAAUACUUUACUGCAAAAGAGAAUCACUAUCUGAUUCAGAAUUUCCUCGGCUACCUUCUCACCUAUCUGAAUAUGAAAGAGACACCUUACUUGUCCAACCUGAGGAUAUUGUAGAAAAGUCACACAUGCCUGGGGACCUAUUUAAUUUAUAUCUUCACCAAAACUAUGUAGAUUUUUUCACUGAUAUAGAUGAUCUUGUGAGAGCCAGUGAAUACUUGAGUACUGCUGACUUCCUCUGUAGUAACUGGAAUUCACGACCUACACUCAGGGAAUACAGUGCAUCUGUGGCCACAAGAGGUGUGAUACAUUCAAAUACCGCUAGAGCCUUUGCCCAUUGCCAAGGAGGAAUGGGUUUUCGGCCUUUUCAUAAACCCCAGUGGUUCCUAAUCAAUAAAAAGUAUCAAGAAAACUGCCUUGCUGCAAAAUCUCUAUUUUCAAGUUUCUGUUUACCACCUUUAUGCCUUCAAACCCAGCUGUUGCCUUUUCUUGCCAUGCUGACAAAUCCAAUGAGAAACCAAGCUCAGAUUGCCUUUAUCCAGGAUGUUGGAAGGCUUCCCUUGAAGAGACACUUUGGAGGGUUAAAGCUUGAAACUCUUACAGAUAAAGAUCUUGGUAUGCCAGGCUUUGAAAAUAUUGACGAAGGAGACCUUUCUGCCAUGCGGCCUCUGGAGGUGUUUGUCCAAUUGGAGAAAAACCAAAUAAAUGAGACUGAGCCAGAUGAAUUUCCUCUUAUUUCCAGCCAGGCUAGUGGAAGUGAACUACCAGGUAGUCAACCUCAGCCUAUUACAGCACAAGCAAUCAUGGAGGAAGAUGAAUUAAAAAUAGAUGAAUAUGAUAGCGACUGAGUGCAACAAAAUUUUGUUUAACAGAAUUUUUUUUAUUUUGUGGUAAAAGAUUCUUCCUUGACUAGAUUGUAACAAAAGCAUCAAUGAUGUAUUAGAGUGGGCCAAUUCUAUAGUAAUUCUACCUUAAUAUUCCUGUGACUAAUCCCAUGAGUAUGCUACAGGCCUAAGCCCAGUGUGUACUGGGGUAGUAUCAAGGUGCCAAGUUUCCUUAACUUCCCUUGAUGUUGCAGUAUGGAGGCCUAAGUGUGUGUACUUAAUCAAAGGUGUUGCUCCCUGCCUGUCCUGAGCCAUCAAAGUAACCUAUCUUUAAACAACAUUAAAAUUCUAAAUGAUGAGCUGAAAUAUUUGAAAGAAAAGUAAUGGUGAAUAGUAAAUCACAUUUUUAUUUUUUUACUUUUUAAUUUAAUCUUGCAGUUUCUGGGUAUACCUUGUAUACUUUUUGUCAACAUUUGGAGGUUUUACUAAAUCUCACAUACUGUUGAAAACAUUUACUAUUGUUUGGAAACCUUUUGCGGGAAGGAAGAAUAACAUGUAAAUUGUAAAAAAGUUAGUUCAGUAUUGAUGUAAAUAAUCUCUUACUAUUACUUGUUAAAAUUUUGUACUUCUUGGGCCAGAUAGCUAUUUUAUGUAUGUUUAUAAACAGAUGCAUAUGUUGUAUAGUAGAUUUUAGAUUUUUUUUUGAGAUAUUUGCAUAAUUUCUCAAGGAAUACAUCAUUAACAUUAAAGUGCUUUGUACUCUUU